ACAAACUAUAUAUAUUGUAUAGGCUGAAUAUUUUGAUCAUUUGAUGAGUGGGAUUGAAAGUGAUGUCUUGGUAGCUAGCCCACAAAAUAGAUUUAGCCCUCCCUCUCAGAUUAGGCACCAGUCGACUGACUCUAAAACCGUUGAGAUGGCUCUCAACAAUGCACAAUCUAAGAUCCAAGCAGCAGAUCGUCUAGUAAAGGAAGCUUUGAAGAAUAUUCCGGAGGAGGGAAGUACUGAACAAACAAGACGGAAAUUAAAGAAUAUGAGUUCUGCUCAGACCUUCGUGUCCCAGCCAAGAAAUUUAAAUCUUCCACCACCUCAGACUAAUUUUCAAAUUCAGCAACAACAGUUACAGCAAACCCAUCCAGCUUCAGGCUUUGUUCCUUAUAACCUCAGUGAAGAGGAAAUGUCCCAGAUGCUUGCCCUUGGAGUGACUCCAGAAGAGCUUCAUGAAAUCAAUCAGCUCCUGGUUAAAGCAAACAAAGAUGGUGGUAAUGCUGAGAUAAUGAACCUAGUGAAUGCUUUAACUGAGGAUGAGCUUGAUGCCUUAGCAGAGAUGACUGACUCAGAUUUGGAAAAAGUUGCUGAGAUGUUAGCUAUUCCACCAGCUGUCCACCAGACUGGAAAUCAAUUGGAAGUCGUGCAAAGAACCAGAAGAGGAACUGGUUCUAAGGAGUUAAGAAGGAAGAGGAGUGUGAAGAAGACUGUUGAGGAGAAACUAGAAGAGCUGCAGAAGAUGGUUGACCGAUUAGAGACAACUAAAUCUUUAUUACUCAACGAGAUGCAGGAUAUCAGAUCUGAAGCUCUAGGAAUCGUAGAUGAAACCUCUCAUAAGAGUCGUCGGUCAACGAAAGAGACUGCUGAACGGAAACCUGAAGGUAUCGUCUCAAGAAUUCAGCAAAGUCAGGAUAUGCUGGACUUGUAUAAGAAAGCACAUGAACCUCAGUUGUCAACUGAACAAAUAAAAGAGUUGGCUGCAGCAAUGAAAAGUAUGAUUGAUAUGAUGGAGAAUAAGGUUAAACACGAAAUCAUCUCCAGAAAACGCAGGAGACGUGAUACUGGAGAAGAUGCUGUUAAACCUGCCGCAGGGUCACAGUUCUCCUUCCUAGAGUUUGGAUCCGAUGAUCAGGGGUUUUAUAAAACUUUUAAACCUAAAACCAAAAGAAGUCUGAAAGAGAUGUUCUUGGGAGGGGAACAGGAUACUGUAGAAAGAGUAGUUCCAACCUACACUGUUCCUGACUUCGUUCCUGAUCCACAAUUCUCCAGUGGAAUAUUUACGUCCCGGGAGUUGGUGACACCUCCCAAUCUGAAACCUGUAGUUCAACCCACCAGGAGAAGAAGAUCUGAAUCCAAUCCUGGAGUAAAAAAACCAUCUUCCAAUCCUAGUUCUACUGCUAGAUUCAACAAUAACAGGGCUUUCCAGAAGACCUUCAAACAUGAACCAUCCAAAAAAGAUAUUGGUGUGAAUGAAGUGGAUCAGAAGGCUGGGGGUGUUAUUACUCGGAUGAGAAGACAUCUAGAGUAUCUUUUCUCUUCUGAAGAACCUGAAGAAGACCUUCUGUAUUUUGGAGUCAACCCUGAAGAGUCUGGAGUUUUGAAGUAUAAGUAUGAAGUCAGCUCUCCUCUACUCUCUGAGGACCGAGAUCUAGAAGAUUCUCAAUCAGAUCAUGUUUAUACUCGGGAUCAAAAUCCGCAAGAUGAACUCUCUAAAACUCUGUCUAAUGCUAAUAUGGUUAAGCAAUACAGAUGAUUUUAAAAUGUUUUAUGUAUUUAUGAAUAAACUAUUCUGUGUAAA